GGCCCGUACCGGCCGUCCCGCGGCCGUCGCGGGGCGAUGCCGGUCCCGGCCCUGCCGGGCCAUGGAGAUCCGCUGCGGGGGUCUCCUCUUCAGCUCCCGCUUCGACUCGGGGAACCUGGCACACGUAGAACAGGUGCGGCCUACAGAGCCGGGGAGCGGCCCCGCCGCCCGCGCCAGCGCUCUCCCCGCCGCCGACUACGAGUUCAACGUGUGGACGCGGCCCGACUGCGCCCACACCGAGUAUGAGAACGGCAACAGGUCCUGGUUCUACUUCAGCGUGCGGGGGGGCGCCCCGGGGAAGCUGAUCAAGCUGCACAUCCUGAACAUGAACAAGCAGAGCCGGCUGUACGCGCAGGGCAUGACCCCCUUCGUGCGCACCCUGCCCGUGCGCCCGCGCUGGGAGCGCAUCCGGCAGCGGCCCAGCUUCCAGGUGGUGGAGACGCAGUUCGUGCUGUCCUUCGUGCACCGCUUCCUGGAGUGCCGCGGGGCCACCACCUACUUUGCCUUCUGUUAUCCCUUCUCCUACACUGAGUGCCAGGACAUGCUGGCACAGCUGGAUGGCCGCUUCCAGGACUGCAGGCACAUGUCCCCCAGCAGCCCCCUUGACUCAGUCUACUACCACCGGGAGCUGCUGUGCCACUCUCUGGACAAGCUGCGUGUGGACCUGCUGACCAUCACCUCCUGCCAUGGCAUGCAGGAGAAGCGGGAGCCCCGGCUGGACAAGCUUUUCCCAGACACCAGCACACCCCGGCCUCGCUGCUUCACGGGAAAGAGGGUGUUUUUCCUCAGCAGCAGAGUCCACCCGGGAGAAACCCCUUCCAGCUUUGUCUUCAACGGCUUCCUGGACUUCAUCCUGCGGGAGGAGGAUCCCCGGGCCCAGAUGCUGCGGCGGAUGUUCGUCUUCAAGCUCAUCCCCAUGCUGAACCCUGACGGGGUGGCACGGGGCCACUACCGAACUGACUCGCGCGGGGUGAACCUGAACCGGCAGUACCUGCACCCCGACGCCGAGCUGCACCCCGCCGUGUACGGGGCCAAAGCCGUCCUGCUCUACCACCACAUCCACAGCCGCGUCCUGCCCGGCGCUCCGGACUGGAGGACGUUUGUCUCCCCGCUCAGCACCAGCUCACUGAGCGUAAAAUCUCCCAACUGUCCCGUCCCAGCCAUGGAGGCCACGUUAUCAGAGCUGGACAAAACCAACAACCUCCGCAACUCCCCCGGCGCCUGGCGUGCCAGCACCCGCUCGUGCCUGGCCCAGGGUGCCCAGCUGUCAGACAGCUCAGAGCGAGCCAGCUGGAUCCUGCCAUCGAGCCACACCACCGAGCACUGUGAGGAGGGGCCGUGGGCGCCUCCCCCAGCCCCUGUCCCCAAAGCUGCUGAGCCCCCAGAGCCCAUUGCACCCCGGGACAGCGGCCUGGCUUACUACGUGGACCUGCACGGCCACGCGUCCAAGCGCGGCUGCUUCAUGUACGGCAACAGCUUCAGCGACGAGAACGACCAGGUGGAGAACAUGCUGUUCCCCAAACUCAUCUCCCUGAACUCCCCUCACUUUGACUUCAUGGGCUGUAACUUCUCGGAGAAGAACAUGUACGCGCGGGACAAGCGGGACGGGCAGUCCAAGGAGGGCAGCGGGCGUGUGGCUGUCUACAAGGCCCUGGGCAUCAUCCACAGCUACACCCUGGAGUGCAACUACAACACGGGGCGCUCUGUGAACAGCAUCCCGGGGGCCUGCCACGACAACGGCCGUGCCAGCCCCCCGCCGCCGCCCGCCUUCCCCUCCCGCUACACCGUGGAGCUCUUUGAGCAGGUGGGCCGGGCGGUGGCGGUGGCGGCCCUGGACAUGGCCGACUGCAACCCCUGGCCGCGGAUCGUGCUGUCGGAGCACGCCUGCCUGGGCAACCUGCGCGCCUGGAUGCUGAAACACGUGCGGGGGCUGCGCGGCACCGGCGGGGGCCCGCGGAGGAGAGGAGGUGCCAGGACCCCCCCCAGGAGCUCCACUGGGCUGCCCUCCUCGGCCUCUGACCACACACUGGCCCGUGCCAGGAGCUUCAGCAACGGCACCAGUGGGAGCGGGGGCAGCCAGCAGGACUCCCCUCGGAUCCGAGCCUCCCCCAGCUUCACCUUCGGCAGCCCCAGGCCCUCGGCUGCGGCCGUGGCCUCCCAGAGCCCCCCGAGCGGCAGCAGAGCCCCAGUCCUGGGCAGAGGGACUCUGCCCAAGGGCACCCAGGCAGCACUGAGCACUGGCCACGGACCACGGCAGGCGCAGCGAGGCACGGGAGAGCUCCAGGAUGUGCCACCUCUGCAGGUUCUCCCGAUGAAGCUGAAUGCCCGGAGAGCCCCAGAAAGGCCGGGGGCUCUGCCUAGAGGCCCCCGUGCCCCCCACAAGGGUGCUGAGCACCGAGGGACCCAUCCUGUGCUGGGGCAGACGCCUGGACCCCCAGCUACAGCCCCGUCGUACCGGGGACCUGCGGCACGGGCAAGGGUCUUCCGGCCCUGCUCUGCCCCGUGGCGGCAGCACCUGGGCAAGGGCGCUGUCCUUGUGGCCCCCCUGUCCCUGCCCACGCCGCUGGCCUCCACCACAGCACCCGAGCACCGAUCCCACCUUACCCAGCUCCUGCCGACAGCUCCUCUCCUCCUGCGCUGAGCCCCCGCCCGGCCCUGCUGCGGGGCUCCCGUGCGCCCACCCCAACCCCGCUCCUCCCCGCGGGCCCGGAGGAGGGGCCCGGCCCGACGGGCAG